GCUCAGAGGCAGGGCGGCGGCGGCUUUUGCGUCGGCGGGCAGAAAGAGGCCUCAGCCGGCCUCCCCUUUAAGGGCCACCCGGCCGAAGCGCUGCCGCAAGGAGGAGGGGGCCGCGGAGCCCUCCCUCUGCACCAUGAGGCGGCGGCGGCGGCGGCGGCGGCUGGUGCAGCUGGUGCUCUUCUGCCCCCUCCCGGGGGCGCUGCAGAGCCGUCUUCCUGGCGUCAAGGUGAAGUAUCUUUUUCUUGCCUGGCUUGGCAUUUUUGUGGGCAGCUGGGUGGUCUACAUGCAUUACUCUUCUUACUCCGAACUCUGCCGAGGACACGUCUGCCGGAUGAUCCUUUGCGAUCAGUAUAACAAAGGGAUCAUUUCUGGGUCCGCGUGCAAAGACCUGUGUGAGGACCACACUCUGGUGUUCCAGCAGUGCCUGACAUCCUCUCCAACCCACCAGGUGUACAGCGGACUCUGGAAGGAGAAGGAGGUGAUCAUUAAGUGUGGCAUUUCUGAGGCCCUGAAGGUCGACAGCAGCCCAGACGCUGCACCCAGGAGAGAUGUUGUUCUCUUUGACAAGCCCACAAGGGGGACGUCGAUGGAUGAAUUCCGAGACAUGCUCUUGAAUUUCUUAAAGUCCAACCUGGGAGACCAGCCCUCUCUUGCAGCCUUAGUGAACAAAAUCAUUACUGUGGCAGAUGUCAGCCAGGAUGGCAAAUUGUCUCUGGCUGAGGCCAAGUCCAUAUGGGCACUGCUCCAGCGGAAUGACUUUCUGCUCACCCUGUCUUUGCAUGAGAAAGAACAUACCUCCAAGCUGCUUGGCCACUGUGGGGAUCUGUACAUCAUUGAGAAGAUUAGCCACACCUCUUUCUACAACAUGGACAUCCCUCCACUUUUGCAGCCUCUGUUUCCUUCUGCAGUCCAGAGAGUUAUCCAUCAGUGGUUCUCUCCAGCAUGGCCACGGCGAGCCAAAAUUGCCAUAGGCCUUUUGGAAUUUGUGGAGGAGAUUUUUCACGGCACCUAUGGGAACUUCUACAUUUGUGAGACUGACUUCAGGAACAUGGGCUACAACAGGAAGUAUGACUUCAAGAUUGUUGACCUGAGGAAGGUGGCAACGGAGAUGACAAUCCGGCAGUUCCUCAAGGGGCGCCACUGUGAGCAGAACAUGGACUGUACCUAUGGGAAGGACUGUGUGGCACCCUGUGACAAGCUCAUGAAGUUGUGCAAGAGUGACGUGGUCCAGCCCAACCUGGCGAAAGUGUGUGGCCUUCUCCAAGGGUUCUUGCUCCACGGAGCACCCCCAGACUUAAGGGAAGAGCUGGAGAAGCAGCUGAAGACUUGCACUACCCUCAGUGGCUUGGCAAGUCAGAUGGAAGUCCAUCACUCGCUUGUGCUGAACAGUCUCAAGACUCUGUUGUGGAAAGAAAUCUCCAAUACCAAAUAUUCGUAGAGAUUGGGGAGUGGGGGGCACAGAAAGGGCAAAGGCUGCCAGGGUUUGUCUCAGUCUCCCUCCUGGACAAGAUGACCAGUAUUGCUCCUCAGGCCUGUGAGAGAACAUGGCUGCAAAGCCCUCUGGGAGAGACGAGGAGUCUGCAGAAAGGCUCUCUUCCGCACUGAGGGGCCACUAGCUAGCGAGAGCUGCUGGUAUAUUUGCGGUUCAACUUUAUGUAAAUAGACAGUGCUUCUCUGAUUGGUCCCUCUACAGAGGCGCUUUGCAGUUGCAGAAGUGGCAGCAAAGGAGCUGAAAAUUUAUUUGGCGCUGUUUCAGAGCUGUCGGCAAUUUAUCUCUUAGAAAUGUUUCUAGGAUGGCCAGUGCUUAAAAGCCUGUCUUGCUUUGAGCAGCUUGGUUGAGGCAUAUGAACUUUCAAGGGUUUUGCGCUCCUGCACCUGUGGAAGGUGGGGGCCUGAAGGGUGUGGGGCUUGCAUGGGGGCAGACUUGCUGGGCUGGAGCCAUGGCAGUUUCUAUCAAAAAGUUUUCAGCUUUUGAGAGAAGAAAAUUAAAUGAGUUGGUCUCCUGAAGGUGUUUCAGUAACUGUUCCAGAGCCAAUUCUUAAGGAAACUCGAGCAGAACUAAUUAGGCCAAGUUAGUCACUUUUCAAGCAUCUAGAUUGUUGCAGGUACAGGAGCUAAGUGAUGGGGAAACCCCAGCAGCAGAGCUGGUAGCAGGCUCUUAACAGAAAGGUAGGUGAAGGCAGCGCUUGAAGGGAAGGGGCUGAAGGGAGUGGGUAGGCCACAGAGCAUUGGAGCCAGCCAAGAAAGGGGGGAGGAGGGCAGCAUCUGUACAGAGGCCAGAGUACUUCCAGCAGCAUAUUCAAAGUGCGUGGCAGUUGGCUUCUGCUGGUCACUGCUACUAUUCAAAAGGCAAAGUAUAUGCCUACAGCAGCUCCCAGCCCUCUUUUCUUGCCCCAGAUCAUUAGAGCCUGAUUUGGAGUUUAGCCUUCCAGUGCAAUCAGGAAUUUCCAUUUGUGAAAUAAUGGUUAUCUUCUUUUUUUAAAAUAACAGCUGGGGGCGGGAGAGACACUUUGAUGAAGAGCCAGUCAGCUGGAAGAUGCUUUUGAAAAAUGCUAGAAGAAUGGCUAAAGUGCUGUUCUGAGCUAUCAUAAUCAGCAACAACAUGGAUCGACCCCUAAUAAAUUACCUCGUCUGCUUCUUAGAUACCCCUGAAAUCCAAUAUUCAGCCCCACCUCAAAUACUUUAGGUGGGGUACAGUUAAAGAUUUCCCAUAAUCUCUUUCUAUAUCCAGUAACCUGUGUGAAAGGAAGCAGACCACAACCAGAAAGAACUCUGAAAAUCUUCAGAGAGCAAAGCCAGUAAGGAAAUGUUCUCUCAAGCACAGCUGCUUAUGUGGGGCUCUUGUUCCAAUUGCAAGCUGCCAUUUUUCUUUCUUAGAAAUCAGGUGCUUGCUUUGAGCUGUGGACAUCCACACAGAAAAUCGAAGAAAGGGCAGGCCCGGCCCACGCUUCAUGGAGCCAAGAAGCAACAUGUGGCAGAAUCCCAUUCAUUUGUAGUCUUGUCUGUUUAAACACAGAAGGAAAAGAGCUAAUUCAGAGAGCUGCCUAACUGACAAGAAUUCUUAAAACCGUAGCAUGUUUCUUGCCCAUAUGGUUACACCAAAACACGAAAGUGAAAACCACUGCAGUGCUUGAGCUGGCCUGUUCUAAUCCUGCAAUGCAGUCAGUGAGGAACAGUCACAAUAUGAGUUAAUUCAAUAAAAUUCACCUUCUCGAUGUAUAACCAUCAUAGACCUUAUUAACUGUGGACAAAUUCAGUCACAUUUAAACAAAUACAUCCUUGCAAAUGUUUAUAGAAUACACAGGAAUUUCAUGGAUUGUCUUACAUAAAGCUCUUCAUGCUACACAUUUUGAGUGUAAAACUUUGUCUUUAUAAGUGAAA